UUUUGCAGGUCAACCAGUAGGGGGCAGCAGAGACCCUCCGAUCCAUCUUGUCAGCCGGAUUUAUCAACAGGAAGAAGAACAGCCGGAAGCGUCAGCAAACAGAAAUGGCUACAGGAGUGGAUCAAGCAGUUGGCAUGAGUCUUGUUGUCUUCAGCCUCCUGUUGUUCACAUACUACUCUGUCUGGGUCAUCAUCCUGCCUUUCGUGGACAGUGAUCACGUACUGCACAAGUAUUUUCUUCCUCGGGAAUACUCAGUCAUUCUGCCUGGCAUUGCAGCAGUAAUACUGCUCCUCUGUAUAGGGGCCUUCACUGCAGUUAUCAUGUGGAAGAAUCGCAAGCCAAAAAAAGUGGACUAAUCUCAGGAUGUUGGAGUGACUGCUGUGGAUUAUGGGAAAAUAGCCUUGAUGCUAAACCGUCUCUUGUGGCCCUGACGUUAAUGCUCACAGAAUGAGAAUUGUACAAAAGAAAGUUUCCUGAUAUUUAUUUUAUAUUUUGGUUCUAUUUUCAGUUCUGUUCAAGUUGAUAAUUAGAAAUCAGCUACUGUGUUUUAAAGCUGCUAUGUGUCGAAUUUGAAAACCUUCGACUUCAGUGAGAGGUAGAUUAUAAAAAGACACUGAGAAUGAAUAUUGUGAAACAAAAUAUAGACUGCAACAAUGAGAAUAACUUAAAAGAUCCCAUUUAAAAAAAAUAAAAAAAAAACGACACAAAAUCACUGUUACUAUGACUGGUCUGUACUCUAGUGUUCAGAUCAGUCACAAUGUUCUCUCCUUUAAUAGGUAGUACACAGUGUUAACAGGAGUUAAUUUAGCUGAAGGGUUUAUGUCAAUGACAUAUUUAAUAGACCAUUAGGAUUUCAUUGGGAUCAAGUAAAUAAUGCCUCAUAUAAACAAUCUACUGUAAAAGGGAGAGCUUAUGUCAGUAUCGUGAACUUCAUAGGCGUCUCAAUAGACCUUUACCUAAUCAGAUAGCAUAUCGGCUCCAAAUUUGAGAAAACCCUGAUUAUAAGAAGACAGUCCCCUUGACAGUGAACAUUAAGGCUUCAAACAACCCAUAAUGCAUCACUCUCUGUAGGAGCCAGCAUUACACCAGUACU